AUGGAGUCGGAAGAAAGGACAGAGCCCGAGAAUUCCGCGCAUCUGAAAGUUCAAAAAAUGAACUGGAAGAAAAUCGCGGGCAAUGAGCUCUUACGAGUGCAAUCAAAAAUCAGCACCUCUCAACAAGAUCGAAUUCGCAAUCGCUGGGCGAAGAACCGCGAAAAGACGAAAAAACUAUUUGUUAAGCAGCGGCAAAUGGAUGAAAAUGAAGUUAUUGACCCUUCAGAUGAACAACCUCAAUAUAAUUACAGAGUUCGAUUGAACACGAAAAUAUCGAGCUUUCGCGAGACCCUUUCUUCAAAAAAGCACGAAGUCCUUACGCACACUUUACCGAUGAUUCCCAAUCUUCCAACAAGCUUCCAAUACAUGCCAUCCCACAAGAAUAUCGCCUGUGACGAUGUCAAAGUCCUUCAAAACAUUCCCUACAUGGGUGAUGACAUUGUCGAACAUGAACGGGGCUUUCUCGAUGAUUUGAUAAACAUGCAUCAGCGAAAAAUGCACUGUGGAGGCGGCGAUGAGACUAUCCACGAGCUGGUCGAUCAUCUCUUCAGUAUUGAGAAAGAAAAAGAUCCUAACGCAGAAGAACCUUGUCAAGAAAUCUUUGACGCUAUCAGCUGUUUACUGGCUGAUCGAGGAACUGCAGAAUCGAUACGCGACAAGUGGAACGAAUCAAAUUUGAACAAGUCUGUCGAAAACGAUCAUUCAACAAAGCUGCCGUCGAUCGACGAUCCUAGCGCAGUCUGGGAGUCGCAGAAACGGGACAAGUGUCUAAAUUCCUUUCACGAACUUGUUUGUCCGCGCUGCUACCGUUACGAUUGUAUGUACCACACCUUCCAAUCCAAACCGCCAGCGAGAACGUACGUUCUCAAGCGUAAACUCGACAUGCCAAGAGUGCCGCUGAAUCCAUGCUCGGAAAACUGCUUCUUGAAUCUCGAUGGAGGACGAGAAAAGAUCGAGCAAAUUUUCAAAGUCAAAAAGUUCAAGCCAAAACUCAAUAAGAAAUCAAAAAAAGCUGUUCAAGAGGAUGUUGAACUUCUCGCCAGCCCGGAAACGUCUCGAGAUGGAUUUGAAAACAAGCCGCUGCCGGAUGAAGUACAAAAACUGUUCGAAGAAGAAAAGUGGACGCAGUCGGAAAGCGUUUUAGUAAGAACGCUUCUGGAAAUAUACCAGGGAAACUUGUGCAGUAUAUCUUCAUGUAUGGGCGAAAAGAGUUGCAAAAGCAUCUUCGCCAAAAUUGCGUUUGAUGAUUCAUAUGUCUCGACUUCUGCACUUGAUGAAUCUAUAGUUCACAAAACUCCGAAUAGGAAGAAACCAGUGUCGCAUGGCAAGCGGAAAACUAUUGUUCGUAAGGAUGUUAGCCUCCACAACAUGCACAAUUACGAGCCUUGUGAUCAUCCAAAUGAACCGUGUAAGGAAGACACUUGCCUUUGCCAUCAAAAAGGAAACUACUGCGAAAAGUUCUGUCCCUGUCCCCCUGACUGUCGGAAUCGUUUCAGUGGAUGCAAUUGUAAAGGCCAGUGCAACACCAAUCUUUGCCCUUGUUAUGUCGCCAGACGAGAGUGUGAUCCUGAUCUUUGCAAGCUCUGCGGCGCGGAUGACUUUUCAAAAGAUUUCGACGAAAUUCGAUGCAACAACAUAAAAAUGCAAAGAGGUCUACAUCAGCAUCUUCUAAUGGCCCCAUCGGACAUUGCUGGAUGGGGAUGUUUCGCGAAGAAUGACAUCAAGAAGAACACUUACAUUUCCGACUACUGUGGCGAACUAAUCAGCCAAGAAGAGGCAGAUCGAAGAGGAAAAGUUUACGAUAAACACAAGUCGAGCUUUUUGUUCGAUUUGAACUCUUCUUUCUGCAUUGACGCGACUAGAAAAGGAAACAAGAUUCGAUUCGCGAAUCAUUCUAUGAAUCCGAACGCAGCCACAAAGAUCAUCCGAGUGAAUGGGGAUCAUAGAAUCGGAAUUUUCGCCAAAACGGACAUUCGAAAGGGCGAAGAGCUCUUCUUUGACUAUAGAUACUCAACAUCCGACGCGAUCAAAUAUGUUGGUAUUGAAAGGCAACUGACCUAG